UUGAAUAAUUUUCCGGUCUAAGAAACAAUUCGUUGGAAAAUUUAGUACACGUCCCAGAGAAAAGGCUCCCUAUCCCAAAGCAAACAACAAACAGCUUAACCCCUCUGUACUUUUACGCUUCCCGUUAAGAUAAGUUGAAUUCUAGAUAUGAGAAGAACCUUCAUAACGUGACACCUUGAAGAAUUCCUUUUAGGUAAAUCGACUAAUUAAUCAUGUUAAGCGUUACGAAUCUCAAAAUUUUUCGUCAAAAUAUAAAAACUCUAGAGAUAAAAUUCUAGUAAGAAAUUGGAUUGUGAAAAGUCCUGCGAAAACAAUCAUGCUGCCAUGGCAACACAGUCUCCUUCUCAAAUAUGCCAUCUGUUGUCAUAUAUCUUUUUCCUACGUUUAUGCCGGCAAUCUGUCAUAUUUGUUAUCCGUACAAACUAGACUUCCAAUGCACCUACGGGGUAACGGAGGAGAGUGUGUAGCCUAAUUUUGUAAAAUGGCGGACCACGAGCUUGCUAGCUUCGAUGGAUCGGAGGCGGUUCCUCAAAUCGUUUCUCCAACUGCUUCUUCUUCAGAUUGCGUGAAGACAUUAGUGAGACGUAACAUUACACGCACGGAUAUUACGAUGCAUAGACCCUUGAAUGGCAUUUGAGAAGUACAAGAAGACAAAGGAUAGAUAUUGCCUUCCAAAAGCUGUUGUAAAAGCUGCAUCAUAAAAUAUAUUCAAAAACAGUCUCCAUUAUCAUAUAAGACAUUUGUAGUUGUUAACCAACAAUGACUCCUUUUUUAAAUGAUCUAUUUUACGUUUCUUCAUGGACAUGUUUAAUGAAUUCCUCCCCACCUAAAACAGUUUGAAAUAGACCUAUAUAUGAUCUACUAUAAGUUUUAGUACAAUAUAUAGUUUUUCUAGAAACCGCCUUCUUCAUGUUCACCAAGAAUUUAUGCCUAUGUACAGAAUUAAACUACUAUUAUAAUUAUUAUUAUACCCUUUUUACUUAACAAUGAGUUCUUUCUAAACAUAUACAAGUGUAAGGUAUCACUUUUUAAUUGUAUUGUAUUAUUAACUGCACUAACUCAAUGGUUUCACUAGUUCAUUAGGAAUCUUCUUACUGCGUAGCAUGUUCCCAAUUAUAUUAUCCUUUGUAUCUUAAAAUUAUUAUAAUUAUUACUCUAUUAUUAUCACCAUUAUUAUCAUUAUUGUGCACUUGUUAUGUGUAUACAUUUUACGAAACACAUUUUGUAAAAGAAAUAAACCUUAGAUAGAUGCCAAUUUAAUUGACUUGUAACACACUCUUAUUGUAAUGUUUAUUCCAACUGUCAUUUUAAUUUUCAAUUUGUUAUUCGAAAGAUAAGUCGCCAAUGUUACACUGCCUAAUACAACAAUGGUGUAGAACUGUAUUUCUUUAAUGAUAUAUUGAAUGAAAAGAGUCUUAAACAAUGAUUUAUUGCUAUUAUUGCUUUUGUUCUGUUAUUUACCCAAACUUUGAGAGCUCAUCAACUAUCCCUUAGCCAUAAAAAGCAUCUACCAUCUAUGUGCAAUAUAUUUAUUUUGUAGUUCUCAGUUGCAAUUUUGAAUUAUUAUAAUAAUAAUCGUUAAUACAAAGCCUUUUUCUAGAAUAUGAUUCAAUUUUGGCUUGUAUUUGUGGAUAACUAAUAAAUUACUUUGAAACUUGAAUUUACCAUCUAAUAUAGUUCACGAUACUGGUCUUUCUCUCCCUAAUUAAAUUUUUUUUGUACUUAUGCCCAAUUUGCUCAUGAAAUCUUCAAAAUGAGAAUAUAUAUUUUAUGCAUUUUUAAUUCCGGAUUUUGUCUUACCACUUUACUUGAUGCUUUACAUACACUUUUAAUUUGAAUACGAGAUCCUUAAGAGAGAUCCUUGCUUGAAUUUUAUCAUACUCUGAAUAACACAUCAUUGGGUAAACUGGAAAUAGGUAAUUGGAAAUAGGAAAAAAAAAACAGGUAUUGCUAAAGUAUGCUUUGAAUGUCUUCAUGCAGUUUGUCUAAACAUAUCUUUUAAGGAGUGACAAAUUCAGGAUCACGGUUCAGAAAGAAAAAAUCCAUGGCUGACCUCGUAGAUCAAAUUGAUGGCAUCCUUAAAAAAACAAAAACAAGAAAACCAAUGAAGGCCCAUACCAGGGUUACUUCAUAUAAUCCAAGUGGUAGGGUUUUUCAUUGCCAAAGCAAGAGGAAAGCAAGAAAAAAGAAGAAACAAGAACCUUCCGUGGCUGUUUCUUGUGAAACUAAUAAAGAUUGUGCCAAUAAUUCUGAUGCAUCUUUUCCAGAUGGUGCAAUUGAUUCUGAUUAUGAACUAGAUGAAGUGGUGACAGAGUGCAGAGAGAUAAUUGAAUCUGCAGGAGCUUCAAGAUGGUCUGAGAGGCAGACUGCUUCACAUGCAAAAUGGGAAGAAAAUAGAGAGUCUGUUACUGAAGCAAUGCUGAAGGAACAGUUCCUCUCAGAGUCUCUUUGUUGCUACUGCAAACAGGCACCCCCCUAUAUCAGUUGUCGCCAUUGCAGAUCUGUUGGACCUGUGUGUGGGUCUUGUGACUUACAAUUGCACAGAAGGCAGCCAUUCCAUGACAGAAUGGUUUGGAAGAAUGGCACCUUUGAAUUCAUUCCUCCUCUUCAGUCAGUGAAUGAUGCUGGGAAGAUUACUGAGAUAGGAAAAUGUGUCCCACUAAAGCCCCCUGUAUGUAAGAACUGCAACAAAAGGACAGAAGAACAUUGUGUCAAUAUUUCUAAUCAGAAAUGUAUUGUAGUCAACUUGCAAGGACGUUACGAUCUGCUCAAGCAAAAUUUUUGCUGCGGAGAUUGCAUGGCAGACAUUGACCCCUUUAGCCCGACAACCUUGAUGGAAUCUCAUUACUGGCCAGGCAGCAUUUCAAAUAUCACUUACCUCUUUGACGAAGAACUUUUGGUAUUUUGGGACCGGCUUAAGUCUUUCAUGCCAGGAACCUCUGAAGCAGCCUUUCUCAAGAGCCUCGAGCACUUGUCUAAGGAAAGAAGUAGGCAAUCAACUAUCAACAAAACUGCUUUUUCAAAAUGCUUCAAAGAAUGGAAGUAUUGCAGCAUGCAAUUCGAAGAAAUGCAAAUGAAAAGUUUGUUUGAAUGCCCAAGCUGUAGUGUCGAACAGCACGCGAGUCAUGUUGACGGUAAUUGCAAACUGUACCGCUAUAAAGGAUCGGGAGAAAGAAAGAGGCCGUCUUAUUAUGGGGACUUGUUCAUUUGUAACAACGAGGAAGUGGAUAAUGCCUUACAGACCAUUUAUGAUAAUCCAGAUAUCAGUAGGAUGCCGGAAAUUGAGAGCGGCCUGUGUGGAUCUACCUUAUGGAAAGCUGCUCAGGAACGGUCACGCAAAUUUGCCAAAUUGGACGAGACAGGUAUCGUGAUGAUAUCAUGCCGGCAUCGCAUUGCACAGAAAGCGCUGAACAUGUUCAGGGGUGAACUGUUCGGAUACAGUUAUUACCUGCAGAAGAACUUUUUAGCGGAGCGUGGCUUGACAAUGCUUUAUACCGAUGUGGCCUGCAAAUAUUCAAAGUGGGUGCAAAAAAAUGACCCGGAGCUCCACCGAAUGACAAAUUUCGCCAUUGGAAUGAUGCAUGUUAAGGGACAUCCUGCUCACUGUGAGGUUCUUUUUGGAGGACUUUGGACAGAUGGUGCUGGCUUUACAUCGGGAGAGGAAGACGAGCAGAUCUUUAGUUAUCUGUCGAGGAUUGGAACAACGACAAAAUACAUGCUACCAGAACGCCGAGAGGAGACGAUAACAGAACAUGCAGCUGCCUGGAACCGGCGUAAAUUGGAUAAUUUCGUUCCAGACUUACACAAAAGAUAUAGCGAUAUUUUAAGGAAACGUGUGGAGGUUAAACAAGACAUAAAGAAACAGUUGGCUAAGUGCAACGUUACCGUGACCGCCGAAACGUAUCAAAAUUGGAAAGAUGAAGCAAUAUUGAAUGCCGAAGUGGCACAGAACUCUUUGUUGUCAGUCAGUAUAUCUGAUGACCAAGAGCUAGUCAUGCUGUACAUGCUUUUGAAGGAAAAGGAUCAGCUACCUGAUAAUAUGGAACACGUGUGUGAUACUGAAGCCGUUGUUCCUUUGAAAAUUGCAGCCCUUCGACUUAAGCCAUUCGCCAAAAGUCAUGCAGCACUUCAGAAAAAAUAUGUCAACCUGAAUGAAAAAUUCGCCAGUAGCCAGAGCAUUAUCCACGAUGGCCUAGAUAAUACGUACGAGAAGGUAUUUUUGUUGCACCAACGUCGUCUAGAAGCUACAGCCUAUACCAUAAUUCAUUUGACCAACUCUCUUAGUAGAAUUGCAGAUAGUAGCAAAAAGCGAAAGAAGAUACGCGUGAAGGUUUCCAAACAGUCUGAAUUGUUGAAAACACUCGUCUCCAUUUACAACGAGAAUGCUAGACGAGAUGUCAUCGCCAAUUUACCCCGAAUAUCGUUGAUGUCCUGUUUGCAAGACAGCUUUCCCUGGAGACAGAUGCCCUCUGAUGAGAUGAAUGUAACUUCUGAACUGAAGCAGACCCUCCUGGUUUUGAACCUUACCUUGAAGAGGCUGAACGAGGAGCUGUCUCUAAUUGAAUUGGAAAUGAAGAAUUUCAUCUCAUUUUUCAAGGAGAAAAAAAUGAAAGAUCUACAGAAACGUUUAAAGGAGCUUUCUGACUCCUUUGCUGGAAACUGUGAGCAUGGAAUUCCAGACAUUCACGAAGAUAAUAAUGCUAAAUAUACAACGUCAAAGAAAACUGAUGAUGUUUUGCGAGGUAAAAUUGCAUUGGUACACCAAGGUUUGCAUUAUUGUAGGAAGCAGGUUGUCUCUGCCUGUAACACAUUUGGACCGUACAUUGGAAAGACUGCAGCACAGGGGACUGCUGGCAACGAUCACGACAAUACCUUACAGGUGGAAGCAGACCUUGGAAAUGAUUGGUCAGACCUCUCCGGUGAUGAAAGUUCUGCAGACACCUCUGAUUUUCCGGCACUAUCUGACAUUUCAAGCUCUAACAGUGACACUGAUGGUUUAAAUUAACGUUCUCUUCGUAUGGGGAAGUUUAACCACGCCUAUUGGGGUAUUUCUUUAAACAAGACGGUUUAUAUCUUGUGUUCAUAUGUAUUCUAAGAGAAAAAAUUCCGCCUGAUGCAACGAUUCGCUUGAAAAGGCUCAUGAAGGUUUCAGUUUGCUGUAAAUUAGUUACCUUUUUGCACCCUAUUUGCAAUGAAUUGAAAAUAAUAGAUUCAAUAGUGAAAUGCGGCGAAUCUUGCAUAUACCGCCCUGGCUGCACUUAAAUAUCAUCAGGAAAUCAAGAGCUUUUUUCUAAUUAAAAUUAAAGAAGACCACUGAUACCUCAUACAGUCGGCUGUAAUCAUUAUAGUUAAAAGAAUGUACGUUUUCUCUUCCAUUUUAUUCGUAUGUUUUCAUAUUUCGCCUCUAGGUAAUUGGUGAGAAACUUUAUUGUAUCAACUGUAAUUCAGCAAGACGUUAUUGUCAGGGCUUUCCAUUGAAUUCUGAAGCCGAAAUUGUAAGCCAAUUUGUUUUCUUUCUCGUCAAUCUUCUCCAUAAAAAAUAUAAUUUCAUUCCGACAUUCCUGUUCUAAUACUCGAUCAGUCGAGGUGUUUACAUAGUCUGCACGAAAUAAGUAAAUUCUUUUCUUUGAUCGAAGAACAGAUGCAUGUUCAUAAAAGGGACAAUACGUUACACGAAUUUUUAUCGACGGUUUUCGUCGAUGAAAGAGGGGCUUUGGAUCCCAGAGCUAUUUAAAACGGGGGGUGGGGUCAUCUGCAAUAACCGCAAUCUGCAAUAACUCACCUCAAUAUGUCUAAAACAAAUUUAACAGACCCAUUAUUAUCAGCUAAUAAGUUUUGACGCGACCUAAAAAAUCCAAAUAGAAAAUAUUGUUGCUGAGCACAUAAGAAAAAACUAUUCAUGAUAAUAUAGACGGUGUUGGUUGAACCCACAAGUAUCACAAUUGUUAAAACAAGUACCCGAAAGUGUCAGUUCAAAAGAAGGGUUGAAGAUUUCUAGUGCUGAAAGAUUCUUUUUUAAACUGAAUUAAGUCCUAUAGUUUCUCAAAAAAAUUCCACUUUAAUUUUUUCUUAUCAAUACAGGGUAUGGUUGUUCAAGACUGCAGGUCUGAUUGUAAAAUUUUAAGUUUCUUAUUCGGAAAUUCACCUUGCCUGUUCAAAAUAGUUACAUUCAACUUAACUCCUGUCAAAAGGAAAACAACCGGUCAAUGGUGCAAUUUGAGAUCCAAUGGAGUCAGGGCUGCCCAAUAUAAAACGUUUAGCAGAAGGGUCCGCUCAACCUGUGGAUUUUAAUAAGGUUCAAAGUUUUUACAUUCGAAAUCCCAAAAUCCCUAAAAUAUAGAAUUAUCAAGUUUGAUCAUAAGAAUAAAAAGAUCCAAGUGAACCGGUAAGUUUUCCAACUGUAAUAGAGUUCUAAAAUGAGACGUCACCAAAAACCUAUUUUUACAAUUUUUGAAAUUUAUCCACAAAACAUAAAAGAUCACCACAAAAUACUUCAAAAUAUGCAAAAUCAGUCAAAUAUGUCUCAAAUCGGUUGAGAUACUGCCAAUGAAAGAUUUGAAGUUUGCUAACGAAUCACUGUUAUUUUGGCUCUGUUCAUAAAGUUAUGAACCAAAAUUUGAUGGGGGAAAUAGCAAAUACACGUGGCCAUAUCUCAGCCAAAUCGUAGCACAUUUGACUGCCUUUGCACAUUUAGCGGUAUUUCAUGAUUCUCUUUGAGGCUAUGGGAUCCAAAUUCAAAAAUUCUAAAAAUAGAUUUUUAUGACGUCAUGACUUUGGGAGUCUAUUGGAUUUUCCAACCUUUGGGGGGCGUCAAGCCCCCUUGUUAUUUACAUGUUUAAGUUUGAGACCAUCCAUAGUAGGUUUUUAAACAUACUUAAUGGUAGGGGAAAAAUUAACAUACUUUGGGUGAACUACUCCAAGUGCACAAGGAUAAUAAGAACAGGUCUUAACAAAAAAGCCAAGAUUUUUUAGCGUAGGUGGGCAGGCACGCUGGAGCAGGGGGGUGUGGAGAUCGUUUCUCCCCACUUUUUCACUGAUUAUAAGGUUGUGGCAUCAGAUAUCAUGGUGGAAAACCUCAAUAAUAGUUUUAUUAUAAAUUUCGAGAGGUUCUAGGUUUUGAAACUAUAUUGCUCAUAAAUGUUAACGCUUCCAAACCUUCAUUUGAGAGUGACAUCUUUUACUGGCGGAAGAAGCUGUUAAUAAAGAACUAAAUAAAUGAAAGGAUAAUGAAAAAUAGCUAAUUUUGUAACUUUUUGAUCAAACGUUUGUACUUUAAUAUAUAAAACAUAUUUUGUCAAUUGUUUGAAAAUCAUUUAUUCACUUUUGACCACAGCCACCAACUAAGCAGUAGCUUGGGGGUUCCAGCCCCCAUUGAGUAAUUUUCGAGAGGGGGUUUAGCAACUUAUGGUAUUGUUGGUAAAUGGCAAUAAAGAAUUUUUUUCAAGAUAAGAAUCAACAAGUCAAAAUACAAGUUUAUCUAGCUACUAUCCCCAAGAAAACUUUCGCUUGGGAAAGAUUCAAUUUGAAACUGUAUGAAAUAGAAUAUGCGUCCAUCUAUCCACUGUCUGUUCCCAAAGCAGAAAAUUUCAAUCCAACCAAUGAUGCGAAAAGAGUUAAGUGGAGAUUGUCAGGGAUAUUAAGAAGCUUUGUUAACAUUUGAAACUUUCAUCAAAUAGAAAACCUUAAAGCCCACCGCAGACGUUUUAUUUCCAUUGUAGAUGGGCACAAUCGGCGUUUCCUUAGAAGCUGUUCAAACUUCUAUUUGGGCAAGGCCAGAGAAAAAUAAAAAAUUGCUUACAAAGUUGAUUCAACAUAAUUUCACAGCCGCAAGCAGAAUAUAUGGUUGCUAGCAGGGACGCCUGCACAAAAUCAAGGCAGGAGGGGCAGUGUUGGUGCCGAGGGCAAAUCGUGGAACUUUCUUCUAACAUAAUCGAGCAUUUCUAGGUGGGAGGGGGCGAGGGUGGGGUAACUUAAAGGGCCUCUCCAGCCAAAAUUUGCAAUUGCAUUUUAUUGACUAAUCUAAAGGAGUUGAACCUGCUGAUCACGAAUUCGUUAUUUGUUUUUCGAUAUUUUUCACAGUUUGUGAGAUAUAAGCUCUUGCAUUUCGAUAAUUGAAUUGAAUUAACCGACAAAAAUUUUUCGGUUUGGUGACACUGUGACGCAAUUUUGACGUCACAGUGUAUUUCGUUAGUCUCGCCUCAAACCGUAUCGAACGUCGGCGAUUCGCAAAUUGAACACUGCAAUUGUUGGUACACUCAGUUCUGUUCCACCGGCUUUUAGUUUGAGCGUUUCAGAUAUCAAUUCUGAAGCCUUUAGUUGUUCAUCGUUUCUGGAAAACAACUUGAAGUGUCAAUUUCGAUUAAUUAUACGCGAGGGAAGAGCUGGAACAGGAAGCCGUAGCUUUGUGGGCCUACACAGGUGAUCAAAACAAAGUCGUGACACAGCAUGGACACAUUCCGACCCGCAAACUUAGAAUAAUUGUAAACAUUGAAUAUUUUUCGAUCCUAAAAAGCACCUGCUGUAGAUUUAGAUGCAGUUAUCAACGCGUGACCAUGACUCCUUCACGAUUCGGUGGAAGAUAUACGAAAUUCAUGACGAACGAGAGCCGCACACUGUGACGUCAGAAUGUCACAAAACUGAUUCGGCGUUUGUCGUUUUUUUCUCGUAAAGGUGCAAUUUUAAAGCCUUAUAAUUUCUAAACUAAUUGAAACUGUGCAAAAACAACAACUUUGCUAUAAUACACGCACCAGAUACUAACUUUUUAGUCAAUAGAAAAAAUUUUUUUUUUGGCCGGAGAGGCCCUUUAAUAAAUAUCAACUUGAAUAUGGAUUUUUUACCAUCAAAGAUUCUAAACAUAGAGAGAAAGUUUUGACGAAAUUACCCAUAAAUAAAAAUGGCUAUUAAAUGGCCUUGUCACUAAUCACAAUAUUUGGUUUUAUAAAAAUCAUGGCUGUUAUAAAUGGGCUGGUUGUAAAAUUUUGAUUGCCCGCUAAGUUUUAAUUCCGAUUUAUCCUCCUAAGGUUCCUGGAGUACUUCUGAUGGAAUACGUCUUUUGUUAAUAUACUAUUAUCUUUGCCGCUCUCCCUCUUCUGGCCGACCUUGUCACAGACAAACUUUUCAUUCUCUGCAUUUUCGUGCUGGUGUUAUCAUCUUUCUAAUAUUUUCUAACGAGAGUAGUCCAAGUGGUCAUCAAUUAUCGAUAAGAUUUUAUAGAAUUUUCUUAUAUUUCAUGACACUUCUUGUCCCCUCUGCCCUUUUUCGAAGAGGGCAGGAGGGGCAGCUGACCCUCCAGCCCCCCUGUGUAGGCGCCCCAGGUUGCUUAAAAGCCCAAAAAAAAUCAUUGAAUAUUUAUUCCUGUUGGUUAUUGCAACAUUUUCAUCCAGAAAAGCUUUGAAGGCUUUAUACAAGGUAAAAUAUCAUCCUUUUAAGAUGAGACCAAAAUAUAUGGCUUAUUUAAAAUCUGUUCUGUAAACAAUCCUUUUUGAAUUCAUGCAAAUAUUAUUUGGUAGAAUUUUGUAGCGAUUUGGUAGAGCCUUGAAAACGCUCACUUCUUGUCGUUUAUUGUUAAUCAAAGUGAAUAUUAACAAAGUCCUGAAAAAACAAUAGUUUAAAUAAGCGUAAAAAUCUAACCAGCAGAUGUCUUUUCUUUGGUAAAAUUUUUUGGAAAACAUUGCUAUAAAAUGGGACCUCGAUACGUCUGCAUGCAGUUCAAAUCCCAACCCCUCCCUCUAUUCUCUAACAAUUUUCCUUAUCACAGGAGAAACCAUUUGUAAAGAUGAAGCAUGUCAUUAAUGUAGGAAAAACGGCAGAAAUAUACAAAAAAACAGUUUGAAGGAAUUUCCCAAAUCGAUAAAAAUUAUUUUGUAAAAAUGCUAAGAAACAUUUUCAAUCUAUAAUAUACUAUCAAACGUGCAUCAAAGGCACGCAUUUGUCUCCAAUUCGUUUUCUAAAGGUAGGGGUAUCGCAUAUGAAUGGAGCGCGACAUGCCCCUAAUACAAUGAAGGAAAUCGACCUUCAAAUUUUACAACAUGUAAAUAAAGUUAAACAUUCUUAUGCUGACGCUAUAUGCUUCUUAGUAAAGUUAUUUAUAAAAAAUUUUGAUACGUUUCUGUGUAUUAUAUGGCCAAUAUAUUACUUUAUUGUCUAUUAUUAGUCUUUCCAAGUCAAUCCCAAGUUUUGAUAAGACCAUUUAGUGCUGUAGUUAUGCAAACUUCAAAAAAUAAUCAUAGACUUUUUAGUGUAUCAAUAAGCUAAACUUUUUCUAAGCUAAACUUCAAACUAAAUAACUAUUGACUUUCGACUGGAAUACAUGCAAGAGCAUCUUGUACCAAAGCAGGCAAAAGAUGCUCUUCUGGCUCCCAAGAAUUUGAGCUCGGCUCCCAGUCCAGCCAUUUAAUAAAAAAUAAAAGCUUCCCAUUUGCUUCUUUUCUUAUUCUUUCCACUCUCUCCACUUUCCAAAAUUUGGCCUUCUUUGUUGCUGAAAGAAAAAAUGCAAUUAAAUACUAGGUUGAUGCAAGAAAUAAAUAAAUGCGAAUCCAAGUCCUAAUUUUAAUGUUGCAUCCAGAUUAAGUCGUGGGAACAACAAUUUUAAAAAGCAUAUAAAAAAAUAAGACAUUUACCUCUGCUUCCUCUAUUCUUCCGUUCUGUUGUGGAGAAAUACAAAUAGAAAAAAGGUAUUGAAAUUUUGAGGUUUAACACAACUAAAUUAUCU